AGUAGCACCUUUCCUCAUUGGAUUUCCAAAAUGGCGGAAGAUUCAGAAUUGAUCGAAGGAAUUGAUCAUUUACCAAAAAUACUGACCAAAAACGUAUACCAUUACUUAACGCUAAAUUACCAAUUCUAUCUUGGGCUCCAAAGAGCUUUCGUAAGGAAUUUCUUGUAAUUUUGUGUCGUUUAUAUUGCACCACCAAUACGACACUGUUUUUGUUUUAUUGGUUCACGUGUGUUAGACCAGGGAAGUGCACUUCCGUGGUUAGACAGUGCUGAUUCAGCUUUAUUAACUACUUUCACCGCUUGCCUACAUUAACGUGCAAUACGAAGAGAAACACGAUGAUGUCAGACAUUGGAGUUAUCCCUUCAAUGAUAAUAUCGUGCUUCACAUUGGCAUUUGCGUGGCUAAUAGCGAAACUUCUCACGAGUUUCUUCAGUCCGAGAAACAAGACCCCAAAACCUGCUAACGUCUACAUCCUAGAAGUUCAAGAAGAAUGCGAGACAAAGCUCAAACGUUACACCAAUAAAUACCCCUUCAAGAUGAAGUUUGUUGGUCUUGACUGCGAAUGGGUGAAUAAGAAGGGCGUGCUCUCCCACCCGGUGGCCCUACUUCAAAUCGCAACUCCCCUGAACGACUGCUUUCUAAUACGUCUAUGUAAGAUGUCAGGGGCGGUUCCUCCCACCUUAAAGGGUCUGCUAGAGGAUAGGGCUGUGUUAAAGUUUGGCGUCGGUAUUAUGGAUGACGCUAAGAAGCUGAGUGAUACAUUUGGUCUUGCCGUGUCAGGAUGCGUUGAUUUACGACAUCUUGUCCUGAGGUGUCAAAGGCUGGGCGAGCUUACUGCAGCCAAGUCUAAAGGGCAAGGAAAACUAAGUCUUGGUGCUCUCGCACAAAGAUUCCUUGGGGUUUGUAUGGAUAAAUCAUGGCACGUUCAGUGCAGUAACUGGGAAGUUGAGCAUUUGAGUGAUCGACAGGUUGCGUAUGCUGCAAAUGAUGCUAUUGUAGCCGUGCAUAUCUUUAUGGCAUUGGUACAGCAGAAGAGAAAGUUGAACCCCCCUGGAUCUAAUAAAGAGGUUGCACCAUCAUCAUCACACGAUGACUUGCAAAAGGCAGAUUCAUUCAAAGAACCAGACUCUCAGUGCUUAUCAAUCAAUGAGCCCAUUUUAGAUGUUGCUGAGGAUUACUUUUCCCGGACAAUAUUUCUAGAAAAAAUGGAAAUGGAUUUCAAUAAAGGGUAUAUAAGCUCCACCACAGAAAUGCUUUCUGAUGAGAAAUUUUGUGAAAAUGGAUUGUCCCUCUGUAAGGGUGUUGUUGAUCUAGGAUUCAAGCAAAAGCAAAAACCAAAUAAGAUGUUAAGGCAUGGAGGAGAGGAAGAUUUUUCUAAGAACAAGCCAUACAGAUUAGGAUUUACAGAAAGGAAGAGUCCACUGUACACUAACUGUCAGUUACAAGCCCCAGAUGGGACAGUGCUCAGCACACUUGAACGAAAGAAAGCAGAUUGGUAUCUAGACAAGGGCAUAGGUGAGCUUGUGGCUGAAGAUCCUUACACAGUACGGCUAAAGUUUGAACCUUCCGGCCGUCCAGAUGAGGAGGAUAAAUAUUACCUUACAUUCAAACAGAAUAUCUGCGUGGUAUGCGGCCAGGGAGACAGCUAUCUGCGGAAGAACAUCGUCCCGCAUGAAUACCGCAGACAUUUUCCUCUCUGCAUGAAGGAUCACCACUCACAUGACAUCGUGCUCAUGUGCCCAGAAUGCCACAGAGUCUCGGCAUUUCAUGAUGAACAUCUCAGACAAAGACUGGCAAGAGAGUAUGACGCACCACUUGGAAACAAAGAAUUAUCCCGUGUCAUUCAUGACCCCAUUCUGACAAAGGUCCGGUCAGCAGCCAAGGCACUCAUCCACGCAGGUGACAAAAUCCCUCCCCAUAGGCGCCAGGAGCUUCAAGAGAUUGUGCAAAGUCACUACCAUGCCACUGAGCUGACACCAGACCUAAUUGAAGAAGCUGCUGCCAUGGACACAUCACGAGAAAAUGUCAACUUCAAGUCGCACGGGGAGGAGGUGGUGAAGAGGGUGAGAGAGCUAGGCAAGCUGCUAGACUUUGAGAAGCUCUGGAGGAGGAAUUUUGUGGAUUCAAUGAACCCGCAGUAUCUACCAGAGUUCUGGUCAGUGAAUCAUCGCUAUGAAGAGAAGAAAGAUGCGCUUGAUAAACUUACCAAAGAGGGGGAGGGAUGGGAGGAGGUGAAGGAGAGAGUGGUGGAAGCACAAUCAUGUGAUGAUCCAGAUGACAACAGAAAGGUCAUAUGAAAAUGCGAGUGGAGGUAGAAUGAUGGUGACAAAAUCACAAAUGGCUUGCAUGUAGUAGUGACUUCAAAUGUUCAGAAUGGACAAGUCAAAUCUACAGAUGACAACAAAAAGGUUCAAGUAAAAUUUAAAUGAGCGCUGACAACAAGAAAAAGGUUCAUGUUAAAAGAAUUUUACUAUUUAUUAUACAAUGUUACAGUUCGAAGAAAGGACAAGUAUGUUACUAUACAGAAUUUUUCAUAUACAAAAUCAGUCAAAACUAAAAAAAACAUGGAAUAAAAUAUAAUUUAAAUUUA